GAAUGAGCUGAUGAGAAGAUGGUUUGAAAUCAAUUAAACUUAGUUUGGAAAAGACUAUUUGUUCUUUAAUUCUUUCCUAGUAGUUUAAAUCACAUACUCCAACUAUUUGUAAAUGUGCUAGUUUGAUCAAUAAAUUUGAUAUUUCAUCAAAAAAAAAUUAAACAAAAUUAUGUGUUUUCUUAAUUGUUAUGUUUAACUAUAUCAAAAAUCAAAUUAAAAUAUUGCUAAGAAAAUAAUAAAAACUAAAAUUAACAAAUUUUAUUUUAAAAUAUAAUUUAAUUUUGAAUAUAAUUUUUUGAGUAUGGUGCAGAAAAACACUAGUUCGUUUAUAUAUCCGUAAUUAUUUUGAUGGACAAAGUUAUCUCAUUCAAUGAUAUAACAAAUUAAAUAAAUCCUCUCAAUGAGCUAAACUAUUUUUCAUUACGGUAGGUAAAGCCCCUUCUUGUAUCUUCUGAAUUGGAAAUCUGAAUUAAUAUUUGUCGCUAUUUUCUUGUCCUUCUUCUAUUUCCACCAACUGAAAGAUAGACUUUUGGUAACUUAGAGGAAGAUGCUUACUCUUUUCCGCCUGCCGCCUACAGUUAUGACCACUUGCAAGCAGCGACAGAAAAACAUACAACUAGGGCCAUCUUUUAGUGUACUAGUCCAAAUCUAAAAGUGAAAAAACAUUAAAAAAAAUUCAAAAUAAAUAGAUAAAUUUGGUUUAAAAAUCCAAUUUUUUUAAUAUAUUCUUAAAUUUAUAGUUUAUAAUUAAAAGAAAAACCUCAAAUAUACAGAAAUAAAACUACUAACUUUUAAAAUUAUUUCACUAUAUUAUUAAAUAUAUAGUUAAUAUUUUUUUAGCAGAGCCUUAAUAUAAUUUGAGACGGUCCUGCAUACAGCCAAAUAUUAAUUUCGUGUAAGAAAACAAACUGUAAAAUAUAUAAACCAAUUUCAAAACGACCUAUAAUAGUGCCAAAAAUAUAUUUCUUUAUUUGCGAAAACGCCAAAUCCUCCGUAACCGUGUCUCAACAUAAAAUGUAUCCAUGCGCUACUUGUUUGCUCACACCCUCAAACCACGCAUUUUCUUCUAACAUCCUCUAAACACACAUAUACGUUAAAAGUAAUAUAUUAACAAAUUAAAUUGUAGACUUCGUACUGGUGCCUAAUCUGGCACUAUAUAUUAAAACCCCACGAAUACAAAACAUACAGAAUACAAAAUCCCCCAAGGAGUUAAAAAAAAAAACUAAUGGAGAAUCCGAGGAUCAUCAAACAUAGAAGAAGUUCAACAAGAAUGUUAUGAUGAGUGGAUGAGUUUACAAGCCAAACGCAUGACGGACCUUAAACGAGCGUUAGCUAACGGUGAGAAAAACGAUGGCGCGCUUCGAGAAUUGAUACAGUCAGUGAUUGAAGAUUUUAAAGACUAUGCGCGAAAACGAUCAGAACAUUCUCGUCGAUAUAGCUCAAACUAUUUUGCUCCGACAUGGAACACUUGUCUUGAAAACGCACUUCUUUGGAUGGGAGGUUGUCGUCCUUCUUCGUUUAUACGACUCGUAUACGCUAUGUGUGGGUCUCAAACCGAGCUCCGUCUUACCAACUUCUUCCGUGACAACAUCGGCGGUCUAAGCAUGGCUCUGGGUGAGACACCUGGCAGGGUAGACGGAGCAGGCGAGUCGAUGAGUGAUCUAACGGCUGAGCAAUUAUUCAAGAUCAACGAGCUACAUAUGAAAACGGUGCAAGAAGAGAACAUGCUGACUAAGCAAUCGGCGACUUUACAAGAAGACACGGCGGAUAUGCCUAUCGCCGUCGCGGCGUUCCACAAAGAAAGGAUCGGAGAAGCCGACGUGGAGGUGGAGCGUGCGCUUGAUAAAUACGAGGACGAAAUCGCUCGUAUGUUAGCUGAAGCGGAUAAGCUGAGGUUAACCACUUUAACUAAAAUCGUUGAGAUCUUAACGGCGGUUCAAGCGGCGGACUUUCUACUUGCCGGGAAGAAACUUCAUUUGUCGAUGCAUGAGUGGGGCAGACAGAGAGAACGUCGCCUUCUUGAAGCUUGUGGUGAUGAUUCCGGUGGAGAAUUUUCCGGAGGGUAAACUUUGUAGGUCGGACGUUAUCAAAUAUGUAGUAGAGGAUAAUAACAACAAGACUAUACUAAUCUUGGCAUUAUAUAAUAUAAAAUCUUCGUUUUUGAAUUCC